AAUAAACUUUAGGAUUAUACUUGUUUGACUUAACGAUUCUACAUACGUAAUUAAAUACUCGGAACGUAUGUUUUGUAAAAAUGGCGACAGCAAUUGUUAGUUCGGCUCGUCAGGUGGGGAGGCUAACAAGUGCUGCUCGAAGACUUUAUUCGGAUGUUUAUCCUAAGAUAACGACUCAUUAUACUAUUCAUCCCCGCGACAAGGAUCCGAGAUGGAAAGAUAUAAGUAUGGAACGAGUGGCAGAGGAGACAGAUAUCCUCAUCAUUGGAGGUGGUCCCGCUGGUAUGGCCGCUGCGAUCAGGGCUCGGCAAAUUGCUGAAGAAAAGGGUGCUGAAGUGCGAGUAACACUAUUAGAAAAAGCAGCAGAAGCCGGAGGUCACAUACUCUCAGGUGCAUGUGUGGACCCCAUAGCUCUGAAUGAGCUAAUUCCUGACUGGAAGGAUAAAGGGGCUCCAAUGAACACACCUGUAACAUCUGAUAAGUUUGGCCUUUUAACCAAAAGUGGGAGAAUUCCAAUUCCUGUAUUCCCUGGGUUACCUAACUACAACCACGGCAACUAUGUCGUUCGGUUAGGUCACUUAGUGAAAUGGCUGUCUGAACAAGCAGAAGCAGUAGGUGCCGAGGUGUGGCCUGGUUGUGCCGGUGCAGAUCUGUUAUUCCGAGACGAUGGUUCCCUUAAAGGAGUUGCUACAGGUGAUGUGGGUAUAGCUAAGGAUGGCAGCCCAAAAGAUAUGUUUGAGAGAGGCAUGGAAUUUCAUUCCAAGAUCACUAUAUUUGCUGAAGGAUGUCACGGACACUUAACAAAGAUGGUGUCUAAUAAAUACAACCUUCGAGAGAAAAGCGAACCACAGUCAUAUGGCAUAGGAUUAAAAGAGCUUUGGGAAGUUGCACCAGAGAAUCAUAAACCAGGCCUAGUUGAACAUACUAUAGGCUGGCCUCUUGAUAAAAACACAUAUGGAGGAUCAUUUAUUUACCACCUUAAUGUAGAGGAGGGUGAAGCACCCUUAGUUGCAACUGGUUUCGUGGUGGGACUUGACUAUACAAACCCUUACAUCAGCCCUUUCAGAGAGUUCCAAAGAUUUAAGUUACACCCAUAUAUAAAGCCUAUGUUUGAAGGCGGUACUCGGAUAGCUUACGGAGCACGAGCGCUCGUGGAGGGCGGCUGGCAGUGCCUUCCCGUCCCAGUGUUCCCUGGAGGUUGCCUGGCUGGUGACACUGCGGGUUUCCUCAAUGUGCCCCGCAUUAAGGGCACUCAUAAUGCUAUGAAGAGUGGUAUGCUAGCAGCGGAGUCAGCCAUGGAGCUGAUUCUCUCAGGAGAGGCUACUCACGAGCAGGGUGUAACGCCCUCUACGUAUGAAGAUAAACUGAGAGAGUCAUAUGUUUAUAAGGAAUUAAAGCAAGUGAGAAACUGUCGGCCAUCGUUCCACACGUCAUUGGGCUUGUACGGCGGUGUGGCAUACUCUGCAUUUUCCACUAUGAUGCGUGGAAAAGAACCAUGGACCUUAAGUCACGGAGGUGCGGAUCACGCGAAACUAAAACCUGCCAAAGAGUACCAACCAAUAGAAUAUCCUAAGCCGGACGGUGUCAUCACCUUUGACCUACUGUCAUCAGUUGCUCUGACUGGAACAAAUCACGAAGCGGACCAACCUCCACAUUUGACGCUGAAAGAUGACUCAGUACCUGUUAAGAGGAAUCUCGGAAUCUUCGAUGGACCUGAGGCUAGGUUUUGCCCAGCGGGAGUUUAUGAAUUCGUCCCUAUGGAGACAGGCGAAGGACAGAGGCUACAAAUCAACGCACAAAACUGUAUACACUGUAAGACUUGUGAUAUCAAGGAUCCAUCGCAGAACAUCAACUGGGUGGUCCCCGAAGGUGGUGGCGGUCCCGCUUACAACGGCAUGUAAACUAAUGUACCGGUUAUUUAUUAUUUAUAUAAUUGAAGCUGUUAUAUACAUAUCCACGGGAAACCAAUUUACCGGAAUAUUUAUUAGCGGCGUUAAAUUAUAUAGUUUGGGGCAUCUGAAUAUUUCUUUUGUAAUGAAAAUAAAAUGAUCCUGAUUUCUUUCAAUUUAAAAUUGGCAACUAAUUCUAAGUUUCGUGGAGUUGAUAGCAACUUUAUUCCAAGAUCAAAAUUGAGUGUAUUGAUUCUGUUACGAGAUUAGUUAAUGUAUAUAGUGUUAUGAAUAUGAGUUAAUGAGAAUUAGAGACAUUAUAUAUUUCUAUUAGAGCUUGUUUUAAAGUUAUAAAGACAGUCCCUCAUUGUUCUAGGUGAAUAUACAUACUAUGAUAACGAAAAAAUUAUACUUCCAAAAGCCACCUGAAGUCUGGCAAUAUAAUAUAAUAAAUCAAUAAAAUAUCUGUUAGGAUAGGACCGGUUAAAACUGUGUUAAGUGGUCUAUUUUAAAAUCUAUUAUAUAGAGUAUUCCUCAGCAAAAUUUUCUAAUGCAACUGGGUACUCAUUUUGUAAAAAAAAUAAAUUCAAUAAUUUUUGCUAACGUUACUUGCUGCCAUCAGUUGACGUCAUACGGUGUUCCGUUCCAAAAGGACCACAAACAAAAAAAGAUCUAAAAAGAUGGUGUUAAAACGAAACAAAAGCUUCUUACAUACUUAUUAAAAAUAACAUUUAGGUGGAAGUGGUAAUUUUUAUACAUAAUAAUCAUGUCCGCGAGACUACUGCCUUGAUAUUUGUAUACCUUCAUAGUUUUGUUUUUUGUAUAUACAUAGACAAUGUAAAUAAAAUAUAUUUUUCUAUAAAACGGUGUAGACAUCUAUAUAUACAGAAACUAUUUUAUUGUAUUUUGAAAAUAUAUUUUUACAGUUUUAUAAUAAUAUAUAUUUGAAUGGUACCUAAUGGCUAUUUGCACGAGUGUAAGAAUCCCAAUUAGAAUAAGUGUUGAAUUUAUGCGUUGUAAAAUCAUAAAUAAAUAUUUUAAAUAAA